AUGGAUCGUGCGGCGGGCGGAGGCUUCUUGAGAGGAUUCUCAGCUCCGAACGGGGUGUCCAGUGCCCGAAGAGUCUCUCAUUUGCUUUUUGCGGAUGACAUCCUGGUUUUCUGUGAUGCCGAUAUGGAUCAGUUGACCUACCUGAAGCAGGUCCUGCAGUGGUUUCAGAUAGUAUCAGGUCUCAAAAUCAACCUCGGCAAAUGUAAGGUGGGCUCCCUUCCCACUACUUACCCGGGUCUCCAAUUGGGCGCUUCGCAUAAGGAUACUACGGUUUGGAAUCCAGUGAUCGAAAGGGUUGAAAAAAGAUUAGUAGGCUGGCAGAAACGGUACUUGUCAAAAGGCGGAAAGGAAGUGCUCAUUAAAAACACUUUAUCGAGUAUGCCAACCUAUUACUUGUCCCUGUUGCAAGCUCCUGUGAGCAUCACAGAAAAACUGGAGCGGCUUCAAAGGAAUUUUCUUUGGGAUGCAACGGAUGGAACUAGAAAGUUGAUAACCUUUCUGCCUAGUGUUGUGAUUGGUCUGGUUGAGAGAACUGCAGCUAUCUGCAGUUUGCAAAGGCUCAAGUGUUUUAGUGACUUCCUGACCUUGAAGGUUCUCUCUCAGGAGGAACUUACUGCAACUUCUGAUGUCCCAAGAAGUGCUUUUGCAAUCUUUUUCCGUAACACGAUAUGA